AUGACCAGUUCUGAUUAUACUAGCGAUUGGACUACUGAAACGACCCCUACUGAAUGGUCUCCUGAAAUGACCAGUUCUGAUUAUACCAGCGAUUGGACUACUGAAACGACCCCUGCUGAAUGGUCUCCUGAAAUGACCAGUUCUGAUUAUACCAGCGAUUGGACUACUGAAACGACCCCUGCUGAAUGGUCUCCUGAAAUGACCAGUUCUGAUUAUACCAGCGAUUGGACUACUGAAACGACCCCUGCUGAAUGGUCUCCUGAAAUGACCAGUUCUGAUUAUACCAGCGAUUGGACUACUGAAACGACCCCUGCUGAAUGGUCUCCUGAAAUGACCAGUUCUGAUUGUACCACCGAUUGGACUACUGAAACCACCCCUGCUGAGUCGACUCCUGAAAAGACUAGUUCUGAGUGGACCACCGAUUGGACUACUGAAACUACCCCUGCUAAGGGGACUCCUGGAACGACCAGUUCUGAGUGUACCACCGAUUGGACUACUGAAACCACCCCUGCUGAGUCGACUCCUGAAAAGACCAGUUCUGAUUGUACCACCGAUUGGACUACUGAAACCACCCCUGCUGAGUCGACUCCUGAAAAGACUAGUUCUGAGUGGACCACCGAUUGGACUACUGAAACUACCCCUGCUAAGGGGACUCCUGGAACGACCAGUUCUGAGUGUACCACCGAUUGGACUACUGAAACCACCCCUGCUGAGUCGACUCCUGAAAAGACUAGUUCUGAGUGGACCACCGAUUGGACUACUGAAACUACCCCUGCUAAGGGGACUCCUGAAACGACCAGUUCUGAGUGUACCACCGAUUGGACUACUGAAACUACCCCUGCUAAGGGGACUCCUGGAACGACCAGUUCUGAGUGUACCACCGAUUGGACUACUGAAACCACCCCUGCUGAGUCGACUCCUGAAAAGACUAGUUCUGAGUGGACCACCGAUUGGACUACUGAAACUACCCCUGCUGAGUCGACUCCUGAAAAGACCAGUUCUGAUUGUACCACCGAUUGGACUACCAAGACGGCCACUGCUGAGUCUACCCAUGGGCCCACACCCACAAUCCCUGUUACCACUUCCACACAGAGCGACUUGCCCUGUAGAACAGUGACUCUCUGUGAUGAUAAUGGGUCCUGGGAAACCUCAUCUUGCACAACCACUGCUACUACCGACCCUGAAAACACACAUAGCCUCUUCCCCUGCAAAACAACCACUAUUUGUGAGGAUAAUGGGCACUGGGGGACCUCUUCUUGGACAACCAAAAGCUAUUCCUAA